AUUAAAAGAACAUUUAAUAAAAAUGGCUGAUCAAACUGAACAAGGGCCGGCAGUGGAUGAUGAUAAUAAGAGUACCAAAAGUGGGCCAAAAAGUCAAGCUGGAUCAAAGCCAGUAUCUAGAACAGGAUCUGCACAGUCUGGAAAAAGUGGCAAAAGUGGAGGAAGCAAGAAGGCUGGGGAUGCCCCUGUUCCUCCCUCUCCCACAGGGUCUGCCAAAGAUAACCCAGCUGCUGACUGGAGGACCAUGAGAAGAAUCAUUGCAGAGGACCCUGAAUAUUCUCUAGCAACAGUUCCCAGACUUAUAGAGUUAUGCAUUUCACACAUUGUGUCCAAUUUUGAGAAUAAUUCAACAAUCCUGAACAAUCUUCUACCAAAACACAAGUCGAUAGUCUUAGAGAAGAUAUCAACAGACUUACCACUAAAGAUCACAGCUAACCUUGUUGAGGAUGAAGGUUACUGGAAACGAUGCUGCAAAGCUCGCUGGCAAAUCUGUGAUGUAGCAUCAUUUGGCAACAAUUGGAAGCGAAUGUACUUUGAAAGAAACCUCCAACAAAUCAUUGAACACUUUGUCCCAGAAUCAACAGAUAUGACAGAACUAAAUGAGACUCUACCAUUAUCUGCCAAUUAUGUCAAGAGACUAGAUGUCCGACAGCUCCUUCCACCAGUAAGGGAGGCCCCAAAAGGUCCAGAUUUUGAUGAUGCUUCAGAUGCCGGAAGUGAGGCUGGAGAUGAACCAGAGUGUGAUCAUUUUAAUUUUGGGCCAAUUUUAAAACAGCUGCCAAAUAUAGAAGAACUACAUUUAACAUAUGGAGUGAAAGACUGUGGUAUGAAUUUUGAAUGGAACCUGUUUAAUUUUACUGCUAGAGACUGUUUGCUUUUAGCUCAGUGUGUGGCUGCUACAAAGGGACUCAAGGUUUUUAGGCUUCAUAGAAGUAAAGUAGAUGAUGACAAAGUUCGAGUGCUGAUCAGUCAUAUUCUGGACCACCCCGGUCUGACAGAAUUAGACCUUUCACAUAAUGUGAUCAGUGACCGUGGUGCCAGAGCUAUAGGGAAGUUCCUCAACAAUCACAGUCAACUCGUGAAGCUGAACCUCUGUGAUAAUGAUGUCAGGCACAGUGGAGCCCAGGCCAUUGCCCAUGCUCUGACCAAAAACACAACAUUGACAGAUUUGAACAUUCGACUUAAUCGAUUAGGAGAUGAGGGAGGGCAGGCAAUCUGUAAAGCUUUGCUGAAGAACACAACUCUCUGCAAUAUUAACAUGGCUAGCAGUGACCUAGGAGAACCCACAGCUGCUAUCUUCUCUCAGGUCGUCAUGCAGAAUACAACCCUCAAAUCAGUGGACCUGGCAUCCAACAGACUUGGUGCAGAAGGUGGGAAGCAAAUUCAAGAGGGAAUGGAGGACAACACCACUAUCACUCACAUGGAUCUUAGACUAACCGAUUCUGGACAAGAAGCCGAGUACUGCAUAAACCAGAUUCUACACAGGAACCAGGAGAGAGAGAGGGAGAGCAAGAUUUCUGAACCCCCACCUCCCUCAAAGAAAAUUCUGCCUCAGGCUGCCCACAGGUUCAAGUCAACAAAGGCUUGAGCAAGAAACUGAAAUUUGGUGUGAGGCAAAAAAAAAACCCAAAACUUGUUUAUUAUCAAAA